AUGGGUGACUUUAAUAGCUUUUUAUCCUAUGAUGACAAAGAGGGUAGUACUUAUUAUGAUAAUAGGGAUAUGGAUGCUUUUUCUAAUUUCCUUGCUAAGUUUCAUCUUUCUCCUUUGCCUUUUGUGGGAAAUAAAUUUACUUGGAAAAAUAGUUCUGUUAGGGAACAUCUUGAUUGGGCUAUUAUCUCAGAUUCUUGGAGUGAUCUUUUUCCUGAUGAUGUUUUGCAUCACCUUCCUUUUUUUGGCUCUGAUCAUCGGGCUUUGAAGCUUAUCCUUACGGAUGAUAGCUUUAAUUCUUCUUCUAGGCAUAGUAGAAGAUUUCUUUUUGAGAAUGUUUGGCUGGAGAAUCCUGAAUUUUUUUCUUUAGUCAAGGACACUUGGGAUUGUGGUCUUUCUAGCCAGAGCCCUCGGAGUUCUUUUCAAAGUUUUUUGUUUAAGCAGGAUCUGUGUAUUUCUGCUCUUCAGACCUGGAAUAAAAAUACGAAUCUCUCCCUCAAAUCUCGUAUAUCUGACCUUCAGCGUGAAAUUGCUCGAAUUCAGGAUAUUCCUUGUUCUGAUCAGGAUAACCGUUUCCGACUUCAAUGUCUUCAGUCUCAGCUUUAUGCUCUCCUUUAUAAGGAAGAGAUUUGUUGGAGGCAGAGAUCUAGAACUCAUUGGUUGAAAGCUGGUGAUAAAAAUACUAAGUUUUUCCAUCGUUUUGCCUCUAAACGUAAAAAGAAUAACACCAUCAAUUCUCCUGGUAGUGAUGCUGAUGCUGUUAAUCUUAUUCUUGAUUGUUUGGGUCCUCCAUUGGAUGACUCUGAUUCUGCUUUUUUGGAUGCUCCUUUUUCUACCAAAGAAGUAAGGAUAGCUCUGUUUAACCUCUCUGGAGACAAGGCCCCUGGUUUGGAUGGGCUCAAUGCUUAUUUUUAUCAAAAGAACCGGUCCACUCUUGGGGUUGACUUUGCCAAGGCUGUUCUUUCUUGUCUUAAUGAGGGAAUUGAUUUUUCUGUUGUAAAUACUACUCUUAUUUCUCUAAUUCCUAAAAAACAGAAUGCCCAUACUCUUAAGGAUUUUAGACCUAUAAGUCUUUGUUCUACCUUUUAUAAGGUUAUCUCCAAGGUUUUAGCUAAUCGUUUAAAUGUUGUUUUGGAUAAAGUUAUUUCCCCUUAUCAAAGUGCUUUUGUCUCUGGUCGUGUCAUUUUUGAUAAUAUUAUUAUUGCUCAGGAGAUUAUUCAUGCUAUCAAUUCUAGGAAAAAUGGGAAGCUAGGGUGGGUUGCUCUUAAAUUGGACAUGUCAAAAGCUUUUGACCGGGUUGAUUGGCAUUAUCUGGAGAGUGUCAUGUUUCAUUUCAAUUUUCCCCCUAGAUUUGUCUCUCUUAUUAUGAAAUGUAUUACUACUACUUCUCUUUCUUUUUUGAUUAAUGGUUCUGUCUGUGGUUCCCUUAAGCCUUCCAGGGGUCUUAGGCAGGGGGAUCCACUUUCCCCUUAUCUCUUUAUUCUUUGUGCUGAGGGACAUUCUGCUCUUUUGCGGGCAAAACAAGAUAUUGGUCUGCUUAAGGGUAUUGCUAUUUCUCGAACUGCCCCAUCUCUUUCCCAUCUAUUUUUUGCUGAUGAUAGCCUUAUUUUUUGUACUGCCAAUAGAGCUUCAUGUUUAGCUCUUCAAGAGGCUUUUGAUGUUUAUUCUAAGGCUUCGGGUCAGGAUAGGGCUAAUUCUGUGCUUCGAGGGUGGUCGGUUAAAUGUUUUUCUAGGGCUGGUAAAGAGGUUUUAUUGAAGGCAGUCAUUCAAGCUAUUCCAGCUUAUGCCAUGGCUUGUUUCUGUUUGCCUGUCAAAUUGUGCAAGGGAUUUAGAUCUCUUGUUCAUUUUAAUCAAGCCAUGCUUGCUAAGCAAGCUUGGCGAAUCUUUAAAAAUCCUUCCUCUCUCCUUGCUCAAGUCCUUCAUGCCAGAUAUUUUCCUCGUAGUACUUUUCUUCAGGCUAAUCCUGGUCACAAUCCUUCCUUCUCUUGGAGGAGUAUUUUAUGGGGUAGGGAGUUGUUAAAUUCUGGUCUCUUAUGGAAGAUUGGUAAUGGUAGUGAUAUUCGAACCAUUGAGGACCAUUGGCUUCCUAAUAAUAGUUGUUUUUCUGCUCCUUUGGUUGAUGAGAUUCUUAGUGUUCCUAUGUUAGGUGAGUUUGGCAAAGAUGAUAUUAUAUGGGGUCAUCAUAGUUCUGGGGAGUUUACGGUUAAGUCUGCUAAUCAUCUUACUUUUUCCUCUCAAGAUCUUCCCUCUUCCUCUUCUUUCUCUUCUUCAAAAAAGUUUUGGUCAAAAGUUUGGAAUUCUAAAAUUCCCCCAAAAGUCAAAGUUUUUAUUUGGAGAAUGCUUUCCAGUGCUCUUCAUGUUUCUUUCUCUCUAAAUAAAAGAUGUGUUAUUGAUUCUCCUUUAUGUCCUUUAUGUAAAAUUCAUCCUGAGACGGUUAAGCAUGCUUUACUAGAUUGUUCCAGAUCAAGGAAAGCUUGGAAGUCUUCAAGGAAUAACAUUUUUCAUCAUAAGCUGAUUAAUCAAACUUUGGAUGUUUAUGAUUGGAGUGUCACUUUUUUCUUCAAGUAUUUAGAUUCACAGCAGGUUCAGGUGCUUCCUUGUGCUUCAAAUUUGGAUCAGACAACUUUGCAGCAGCUUCCAUCUGAAGGAGAUUUCCAGAUUUUCACUGAUGCAGCCAUUGAUCUGAAUAGACAGAAGUAUAGCAUUGGGGUUGUUGUUAUUAAUCAUUCCGGUCAGGUGGUAGCAGGAUUGGCUAAGCCUUUUUCAGGAUGUGUUUCACCGAUGGUAGCUGAGGCUAAAGCAGUGGUGCAUGCUUUGCAAUGGGUCUAUUCUAUCUUCCUGCCUGUGGAUGUUUUGAAAACAGAUUGCAAAUCUAUUGUUGAUAAAGUUCACUCCAACACUCAGGGUUAUAGUUCUGUUGAUGAUUUAACUGUUUGUAUUAAGAACUUAUUAUCUCUUCGCCCAUCUUUACGGCUGGCUCAUGUUAAUAGGGAGUUUAAUACUAUUGCUCAUAGGGUUGCAAAGUGGGGUAUUGGGCUUGAUAGUGAGUUCCUCUGGAAUGGCUCUUUGCCUUUCAGGCAUAAAACCCAACAUAUAGAUGCAGUCUUUGUUCCCUCUGAGAUAACAGAUUUGGAGGUCUUCAACGUUCUCUCAGCUGCAUUCACAGUAGAGGUAGUCUUGUUCAUCUCCUCAAUUUUACCACAGAAGAAGCCUUCUUCAUCUCUCCAGUUUUACAAUGGAAGAGGCCUUCAUCAUCCCCUUUGCUUCACAGCAGAGGAGGCCUUCAUCAUCUCAUCAGCUUCACAUUGGAGGAGGCCUUUGUCAUCUCCUCGGCUUAACAACAGAGGAGAUUCAACAUCUCCUCAACUUUAA